CAGGCCCGGGGCGCCGGGGCACUCGGGGGCCUGGCGGCAGUUGCGUCUGCUGGCCGAGCACCGGCCCUGCUUUUCUGCGGGACGCGCGACUGCUGCUGUUGCUGCCGCCCCGGCCACCACCGUCGCCGCCGCCGACCUCCACGGCCGCAGUCUCCCCCUCUCGGAUGGACGCUCUGCCCCGCGGUGGGCUCCACCUGAAAGAGGAACCGCUGCUGCCCUCCAGCCUGGGCUCGGUGCGCUCUUGGAUGCAGAGCGCGGGUAUCCUGGACUCCAGCACCGCAGCGCAGAGUGGCGUGGGCCUGGCAAGAGCACAUUUUGAAAAGCAGCCCCCCUCCAACCUCAGGAAGUCCAACUUCUUCCACUUCGUGCUGGCCAUGUACGACCGGCAGGGGCAGCCCGUGGAGGUGGAGCGCACAGCCUUCAUCGACUUCGUGGAAAAGGAUCGAGAGCCUGGGGCAGAAAAGACAAACAACGGGAUCCAUUACCGCCUUCGGCUGGUGUAUAACAACGGACUUCGGACAGAGCAAGACCUGUAUGUGCGCCUCAUCGACUCCAUGUCGAAGCAGGCUAUCAUCUAUGAGGGACAGGACAAGAAUCCUGAGAUGUGCCGGGUGCUGCUCACUCACGAGAUCAUGUGCAGCCGGUGCUGUGACCGCAAGAGCUGUGGUAACCGGAACGAGACGCCUUCAGAUCCAGUCAUUAUUGACAGGUUCUUCCUCAAAUUCUUUCUCAAAUGCAACCAGAACUGCUUGAAGAAUGCAGGGAAUCCCCGAGACAUGCGCCGCUUCCAGGUGGUGGUAUCCACAACAGUUAGUGUGGAUGGACACGUGUUGGCUGUGUCUGACAACAUGUUUGUGCAUAACAACUCCAAGCAUGGCCGCAGGGCCCGACGCCUGGACCCUUCUGAAGGUGAGGAUUCCCAGCCCAGCCCUGGCCAGCCUCAGUCUUCUCCACCUUGGUGCAGUUCUCUGACCUGGGUCCUCUCCUACCUCCCAGCUGCCACCCCCUGUAUCAAGGCCAUCAGCCCCGGGGAGGGCUGGACCACAGGAGGCGCCACGGUCAUCAUCAUCGGAGACAACUUCUUCGACGGGUUGCAGGUCGUGUUUGGCAACGUGCUCCUGUGGAGCGAGCUCAUCACCCCCCAUGCUAUCCGGGUGCAGACGCCACCACGACACAUCCCUGGGGUAGUAGAAGUGACCCUCUCCUACAAGUCCAAGCAGUUUUGUAAAGGAGCCCCUGGCCGCUUUGUCUACACAGCCCUAAAUGAGCCUACCAUUGACUACGGAUUCCAGAGACUACAGAAAGUCAUUCCCAGACACCCGGGGGACCCCGAGAGGCUACCCAAGGAAGUGCUGCUGAAAAGGGCGGCUGACUUGGCGGAGGCCCUGUAUGGAGUGCCCAGCAGUAACCAGGAGCUCCUCCUGAAGCGUGCGGCAGACGUGGCCGAGGCUCUGUACAGCGCCCCGCGUGCGCCUGCACCGCUCGGACCCCUGGCCCCUAGCCACCCGCACCCUGCCGUCGUGGGCAUCAACGCUUUCAGCAGCCCUCUGGCCAUCGCCGUCGGGGACGCCACGCCGGAGCCCGGCUAUGCUCGCAGCUGCGGCAGCGCAUCUCCCCGGUUCGCGCCCAGCCCUGGCUCUCAGCAGAGCAGCUACGGCAGUGGCCUUGGAGCUGGCCUCGGCAGCUAUGGCGCACCGGGUGUGACUGGCCUCGGAGUGCCCGGAUCCCCUAGCUUCCUCAAUGGCUCCACUGCAACCUCACCUUUCGCCAUCAUGCCCUCUAGCCCCCCGCUGGCGGCUGCCUCUUCCAUGUCCCUUCCGGCCGCUGCCCCCACCACCAGCGUCUUCUCCUUCUCGCCCGUCAACAUGAUCUCCGCUGUCAAACAGAGGAGCGCCUUCGCCCCUGUGCUGCGCCCACCCAGCUCCCCAUCCCAGGCCUGCCCCAGAGCCCACAGAGAGGGCCUUCCAGACCAGCCUUUUGAAGAUACUGACAAGUUCCACUCUGCAGCCCGGGGGCUCCAGGGCCUGGCGUACUCCUAAUUAUGGUCUGCAGGUGCUGUCCCCAGUGAGGCUGGGCUGGAGGUCCUGGAUUCACAUUCAUGGCCAGAUGGCAGCACAAACAGAUACUGGGUCAGGACUUUGGAUAGACCUCAAUCUCUGGGAUACACAGGGAGAGGCCUUCACCUCUGUGCUCAAGACCCCCCUCAUGCCCACGGACCCUCACACUUACCUCUCUUUCUUGGGGGCACAUUAGAAUCCCAGCACUGUGAAGGAUGCUCUCGGAAGGAGAGCGUCAUAGGGAGGCAUUGGGGUGUCGGGCCUUACCCGCUGGAUCGGUUCCUCUGUAAGGGAGUGAUUUUGGUGCAGACCAGAGAUGUUGGUAAGAUGAGCAAGAAUGAGGAACUAUGGGAAAGAGGACAGCUCAGGGAGAGGUCAUCUAGAGAGGCCCUGUUUGCAUCUGACCAGUCACACCUGACCCAGUAGCCCACCUUCUCUUUUGCGAGCAAGGUGCUGUCUCGAAGUCUCAGGAGGCCCAUUCAGCUCCCGUGGAGCUGCCCACAAGCCACUGGACCCCAAUGGCUGCCCCCCCCCCCACUUCCUCUGAGAGUAGCACAUUCAUGCCGAUCACAUCCCACCUCCUUGUGGGGGUUUUAGGCGUGGAAGAUGCACAGAAGGGCCUCCUGAAGUUUAACUCUUACCCAAAUGGAUGGUUCAUGAAUUUUGUCCCCCUACCACCACACACCCAACUCUAGCUGGCCCCAAAGAACAGCCUGGCUGUGCCUUGGUGGCCUCGCCCUCUGCCGAGUUUGGACAAAAUGGAACAAUAAAACCUGAUACAGG